AUGACGAAUCUUUCACGAACUGAUAAGCAUUUGAGGAAUCUUUCAGGUUCUUCAUUUCCAAGUAGUGUAAAAAGAGAUCUAUUCGAGGAUGCCAAUCUGUUAUCAGUGGGUAUUGACGAGAGUGCAUUAUAUCACAAUGGCUAUGUAUGCACUUCUAGGGAAUGCGCUCAAAUUUCGGGCUUCUUUGCCAGCAAUCUUAACGAAAAGAUUAACCCUUGUGAUGACUUUUAUGAAUACGCCUGUGGUAAUUACCCGAUCAACAGACACUUACCAUCUAAUAAGGCGGUUAGGCAUACCUUAAGCGAUAUGCAAAAUCGUCUCAAUAAACAAAUCAGAAAAUUAUUGCAGGCUCCAGUAACUGAUACUGACAAACCAUGGAAUCGUCUCGCAAAGCAAUAUUAUCAGAAAUGUCUUAAUGAAGAAGAGUUAGAAGCUACGGGAGCUUCAUCGAUGCGAAAGCUGCUUCGCGAUUUAGGUGGAUGGCCAGUUUUGGAAGGACACAACUGGAAACCUUGGAAUAACAGCUGGGAAAAGCAGUUAGCACAUAUUAUGAAUAGAACAGGUGUUAAUGCAAUUAUUCUAGAACUGGCCGUAUCACAUGAUCCAUUAAACAGUUCCAGGUUUAUUAUUGAGGUUGAUCAGCCAAAGUGGGGAGUAGGCUCAAGAUGGCCAUAUUUAGGAGGAAUAGACGAUCUAGUUAUCCAGAAUUAUACAUCACUAAUGGUACAGACGGCUAUUAAUAUAGGAGCUGAUCCAACGCAAGCCAAACAUGACAUGAAAAAAGCAAUUGAGUUUGAGUUACGAUUGGUGAAUUUCUCAGCUGAUGAAAUGACUCGACGUAAUCCGGAACGUGGUAAUAAUCGAUUUCAGCUCUGGCAAUUAGGCAGUAUCUUUCCACACAUAGAUCUGAUCACAUAUAUACAUACAAUGUUCGGUGGUUUAGAGAAACUCAGUCCAAAUGACACAGUAAUCAUACGAGAACCGGAAUAUUUUCAUCGAAUUCAGGAAGUGAUGCGACGGUCUAGUAAACAAACCAUUGCUAAUUAUGUGUUAUGGCGAGUAAUUCAGGGCUAUUCACCAUUUUUAUCACCUGUAAUGCGAGAACCUUUCUAUGCAUUCAAAGCUAAUCAAACCGGCUUACCCAGCAUUCCAGUUCCGGAUAGAUGGGAAGACUGCGUUUUUCUUGCAACAGUAAUGAUUGAUAUGCCGGUUGGAAGACUUUAUGUAGCUAAUCAUUUUGAUCAGCUGAGAUCAAUGAAGAAAAUGAACGAUCUGACUAAACAUUUCAAAAAUGAAUUAAUCAAACAAUUGCAAAAUGUCGACUGGAUGGAUGAAGAGACACGAAGACGAGCUGUCAUUAAAGCACAGCAUAUAAAUUACAAGAGUGGAUUCCCUCCUUACAUAUUCAACGAAAGUUAUAUGGAGAAAAACUGGGCCUUGGCAACUAAUGAAUCACUGCUUGAAUUUACAAUACGGAUUAAAUGUGUGCGCAUUACCGAUGAGCUAAUGCGGUUGAAGAAAUUUGUGGAUACAUCGAUUUGGUUCCAAGGUCCAGCUCAGGUUGACGCUUAUUAUGCGCCCAACUUGAAUGAAAUGAUAUUUCCGGCUGGUAUAUUGCAAUUUCCAUUUAUGUCACCCGGUGUACCAAGUUAUAUUACUUAUGCGAUGGUUGGCGCUGUUAUCGGGCACGAAGUGUCGCAUGCCUUUGAUGAUCAAGGUGGUCGUUUUGAUGAAUACGGUAAUUUGCAUAAUUGGUGGGAUGUAGAAACAGCACGUAAAUUUUACGAGAAGACGGAAUGCUUUAUAAAACAAUACAAUGCAGUAAAAGUGGAAGAAGCUGGUGUACAUUUAAAUGGUCAACUAUCUGUUGGCGAAAAUAUUGCUGAUAAUGCUGGCGUAAAGACAGCAUUUAUAGCCUAUAAAUCAUGGGUUGAAGAAAAUUCUCGUCAAGAAGCAGCACUGCCAGGCUUUCAAAAUAUGACCAGUACACAGAUGUUUUUCCUUGCUUAUGCAAAUAAUUGGUGCUCUUUGAUAAGGCCGAAACAUUACUUGCAAAUUAUAAUGGCGGAUGUGCAUGCACCAAGCAAGUAUCGUGCCAUAAUACCACUUCAAAAUCGACCUGAAUUCUCCGAAGCAUUCCAUUGUCCCAAAGGUUCACCGAUGAACCCAAUAAAGAAGUGUUCCAUUUGGUGA